UUUAAGAUUGUCUCUCUUUCUUGUGCUUGACCAUUAACACAAAAAUCCCUCAUUGUCUCUGAAAUCAGCUUUAAAAUAUUACCAAAUUAAACCCUCAUUGUCUCUGAAAAUCAACUUUUCAUUUGGUGAAUAAGAAUAGGAAUGGGAAGAAAACCAUGUUGUUCUAAAGAAGGUCUGAGAAAAGGUACAUGGACUGCAAAAGAAGAUAAGCUACUUACUGAUUAUAUUAAAGAACAUGGAGAAGUUGGAUGGAGAUCUCUUCCUGUAAAAGCUGGCCUACUCAGAUGUGGCAAGAGUUGUAGAUUAAGAUGGGUGAAUUAUCUUAAGCCAGGAAUCAAGAGAGGUAAUUUUACAACUGAAGAAGAAGAUCUUAUUGUCAGACUUUAUAAUCUUCUAGGAAGUCGUUGGUCUCUCAUUGCUGGAAGAAUACCUGGUCGAACUGACAAUGAAAUAAAGAAUUAUUGGAACACACAUCUUCUCAAGAAACUCAAAUCUGAAGGAGUUGAGCCAAAAAUACACAAAUCUCUUGCAAAACACACUAAAAGACAAAAGGAGAAAGCAAAUGUUUCUUCCCAAAUUAACCAAAAAGGUUACAAGGAAAAUAAGAAGAGGAAUAAAAAGGGCAAGAUUGAAGAAAAUUGUAACAAUAUUGAAGACAAAGAACAAGUAGCUAAGAAGACAGAGGAGCAGUGUCGUAAUCAGGAUUCUGUGCGAGUGAUGUCAGCUAAUAAUCACGAUAUCACUUGUUCUUCAAGUAGUGCUGGCUCUACUAGUGAGAAGGAAACUAAUUGCAAUAAUGUCCAUUGUUCUUCUUCUGCUCAAAAUCUUGAAGAAAAUGAUAAUGAAAUUUAUGAGAAGCUUCAGGUUAUUGAUGAAUUACUCCUGAAUGAUAAUUGUCUUCUACCAACUGAAUGCAGAGAGUUCAAUAGUGAAAGCCAAAUGCUGUUGAUGGAGUUCUAUGAAGAGUAUUUUCAGCUUGUUUCUGAAAAUUCAUGUCAUUUUCAAGAUUAUGCACAUUCUGAUUUAGGAUUUUAGUUUUAUGGGUUUAUCAUUUAAAGUUAUAGGUUCAUAUCUACUAUU